UUUGGCGCGGUAUCAUUCGAGGCAAAAACGCCCGCCAAUUUCGGCAACUCACAUCAACGCCGUCAGAGGGCCGAAAGAGAGAAGACCCGACCCGGAAAAAUGUCGACUGACCCGAAAAGGAAAGCAUCUAGCAGUGCCACUACCCCAGCUACACUAACCAAAAUCUUGCAUCGUUCUCUGUCGCAUCUUAAGUCAAGAACGCCGAACAAUAUCACCCCUGUCUCUUCUUUAUCUCUUAAAUCCGUGUGGUUAUAUGAUUGGUGGCUGGCCAAGGCAGAAGGGGAUGGCUUAGCUGUUUCUGGGUUUACUUUUAGAGAAGGAGUAGGAACAAGAUUGUUUUGCUCGGCAGCGAUUGUCAGAAGACAUUAUGCCACCAUUCUUGAGACCAAAGAUGGCGUCACUGUUACAGUUAGUGGAUUCAUAAAUAGAGAUCGAACGCGUGAAAAUGGGUUUUCAUUCCAGAUUUGUGAGCAUUUCCAACUGGGGUUUCCAUAUUCUUGGUUAGAACUUGCCACCCAAUUGGGUGGUGAAGAGUCUGCUAACAGAGGCAGUCCUCCCGGAAAAUGGGGUUUUGAUGAGCCCAAAAUUCCUGGUACCAGCGCAAGCGCCGCCUCCGUUUCUUUUGAUGAUCUCCCGGUGACAAGGAUCCGUGAUAUUGCAACGCAUCCUCUUGGAGAUUCCAAAGAUUGUGCACUUGCUGAUAUCCUAGAUCAUUUCUGCAGCAAUGAUGUCGAGCUCUCUCCAUUGUCAACCAGUCCAGACUCAAAGGAUCCAGUCACCGUGGCAAAUGCUGUGCUGGAUGAAACUCCAAGGAGAAAUAAGAGGAAGGCUGACAGGAAGUACAAAGAUGGAGGUAUAAUUCCACGUAGCAUUACACCAAGCAGAGGAAUCGUCACAAGAAGCAUGUCCAGGCGGAGGAAUUUUAGAGAAAUACGAGAAGAAAGUCCCUCAUCAAACCCUACUGUCUCCUGCAAAGCACUCAGAAACUACCCAGAAAAGGUUUUGCCAUCAUCUGCAUUUCUUUCAACGUCGGAGACCACUAAGAACCUUUCCGGUGGGAUGAUGAAUACAAGUGAUCGGAAAGAUAGCCGGGCUACCACAUCUACGGAGAAAAUUAUGGAAGUCCCUGAUGUACCUUUAGCCAGAAGGUCAAGCAGAAGGCCGAAUAUCCGAAAGGAUUAUCGUGAAAUGUAAUACCAGUAUGAAAAGCCUUCUGAAACAGAAUGGAGAACUGUGUGGGAGUGUUCAUGUCCGGUGGAUAUGUU